AUGAUUGUUGAUCGCUUCCUCUCACAAAAUCCUCCACCAAGUUCUAGCACAUCUCAACUUAUGGAUGCUCAUCGUAAUGCCAAAAUCCACGAACUCAAUAGGCAACUUACUUAUGUAAUUAGUCAAUCCGAGUUUGAGAAGAACAAAAGUGAACACCUUAGCGAGAUCAGGAAAGCAGGCCAAGAUAAUCACUGGUGGGAAGCUCCAAUUGAGAACCUGAGAUUAACAGAACUUGAGCAGUUGAAAGUAGCAAUGGAGGCGCUGAAAAAGAACAUUGGAGAGCAGUCGAAAAGGCAUCUGGUGGAGGCUGCAAACUCAAUGCCAAUUGUCCCAAUCUCUGGUUCUAUGGGGAUAGCUGGGGACUCGGUUGAAGAUAAAAGUUCUGGGCUUGGAUUAUCCAUGACUUCUCAUGGAGUAUGGCCAUUUCAGUCGUUGAAUCAGGCUUCUAGUUCAAGACACUUGGAGAUUGAUGGGAGUAACUCAAGAAGGUUUUAA